AUGAACCAUCAACUCGAGACUGGAAGCCAAAGUAACAAUCCUGACCAACAAGGAAGUUCCCAAGGAAGAGGCCGACCCCCUGGUCGACACGCUGCCAGACCUCUGGUCAUGGAUUAUGGCCAGCCUGACGACGUCGAGGAGGUCGACGAAGGUCAUCUUUUCCAUGUGGACAUGGCUUUUGUUCACGGGAUCAUUAUCGAACAGGUGGGACACAACCCUUUAGCCCAGACCGCAGGGACAGUUCCACCUGCCACCAUUGGCCAGGAUAUGUUUGUGCAGACUCCCCUGCCAGAACCUGUAGUAGAACAUGUCAGGUCAGAUGUGGAUGUGACUGCUGGGCCUGAAGUAUCUGUAAGCGUGACGCCGCAUUCAUUCCACGAGCAGGAUACAAAUGCGGGCGUGAACCACGCCAUAGGACACCACACCGGCAUCAGCAGCCCGAUACAGCUGCUGACGACUGCCUCUCUUCCUUAUAACAACAACACUACGGACAGACCAGCUGUGGUCACAGUCUCUGUCUCUCCAGUUGACGAGUUUCUAAGGCAAAGUAUAUCAGAGACAGAGGCCGCGGAGACUCUUUCUGUGAACACGAGAGAACAUGCUCAGUCAAUGGAAGACGGUGGCAGGACACAAGCCUCCAGCAACACUGGAGUUUGUACAUCAGAUCCCACUGAUACCUGUCGAGGCCUGCCUGCGUUUACCAACGAUGACACGACAGCUGAAAGCCUGGAGACGAUUUCUCUCAGUGGUCUGCUUGAUGAGAUCAGACCACCCACACACGCGAACACAGAUCAUCCUGAUGGAGUUCAGCCUUUCAGUAUUGCAUUUCCAGGGGCGACCCAACCAGCCAGCCGGCAAGGGGACAACCCUGAUAGUACCAGGUCCAGACAGGAAGCAGACGUGACAGAGAAGCCAGCCACCAAUAGCAAAACAGACGCCAGCGCCGACUCCAGCUACGAUGACAUCCUAGACGAGCAGGAGAUGCUGGCGUCGGCCGAAAACGACUUUGUCAUCCUACCAGCCAGGGAGGCUGCCAGCCCUGUCAUGGUGCCGGCAGAAAGAACCCAGCAGGAUGCGGACAGCCUGUUGGAGCAAGUCAUCAAAGGCAAGAGUGACCAAACGCUGGGUCCCAACAUUGCUUCCCACGAUCCUCGUCUUUGCUCGGACUCCGCGGACAAAGGAAACGAUAUCGGCAUCAAAGGCUCGUUGGUUUGCGACACAGAUCGUGCAGGAGAUGAUGGUGGCGUUGAUGAUGAUCACGGUACACUUGCCAGCAGCCGAGCUGAGGCGGUGUCGGCAGAUGAAUGGAAAGGCGACACAGGUGACAGUGUCAAUGGCAUAUACUGUGACGUCAGUGAGAACAGCUGUCGUGGAGAUAACAGCUGUCCUGACUGGCCCAUGCUAGUGGCCACUUCGUCUACAGCAAGCCAGGCUAACAAAGGUGGACAUAUUCUAGAAAAAAGCUUGGACCAUGAACGGAACACACAGUCAAAUGGCAGGGACUCACACCUGGACACUCAUGGCACACAUGCCCGAACUGACCAGUGCCACUGGGGUGACAUACUAGCCACAGUAAGACACGUGAGGCACCAGCGGAUUCCGAUAGAACAAGAUACAGUAAUGGACUCAGUGGUGAACUCAACACCUCAGACUGGUGAACACACAAAUAAACAAACAGAGAACGAAGCAAGUGUCAUCCCAGGUAAGGCACACUCUUCAGAAGAUCUACCUUACAGCGAUGUCGUGUGUCUCUCUAGUCCACGCACCAGAGGCAGUCUUCCCGCCCGCUCGUGUCCACAUGCUAGUGAGGUCCCCUCUGGGACAGGAUGUACAGGCGAGGGUUGUGCAGCUUUGUCACAGUGUGAGCUCCUAGUAACAGCAGACACCACAUCAAGGUGUGGCACUGACAAUCAAAUGGUGGCUAGAGACGUUACCGACGUCACAUCGUCAGAUGCAGCCUUUGAGAUUAACACGGAAAUCACGCGUGGCACCAACACCUACGCAGCCAGCAAUAUGGUGGAGCCACGAAACCAAACUGACGCCAGAAUCGACACCAACAGAAAUAUGUCGUGGUCGCCCACAAGAUGUUCUACAAGCCCACAAAACAUCAUCUCUCCCAGAAAGAAUGCAAGCGCCAAAACUAACGAGAUCACCUCCCAAAGAGAGAAAAUUUACACUAGCGGGAAUAGAAUCCCAUCUCCAACAGAGAACUGGAGCAUUUACAACAAGAGCAUUAUCUCCUCAAGAGAGAAUGAGAGCACUUAUAGCAAGGACAUGAUCUCCCCGAGACAAAAUGGCAGCAUUUACAGCAAGGAAAUGAUCUCCCCAAGAGAGAAUGGGAGCACUUAUAGCAAGGACAUGAUCUCUCCGAGACAAAAUGGCAGCAUUUACAGCAAGGAAAUGAUCUCCCCAAGAGAGAAUGAGAGCACUUAUAGCAAGGACAUGAUCUCCCCGAGACAAAAUGGCAGCAUUUACGGCAAGGAAAUGAUCUCCCCAAGAGAGAAUGGGAGCACCAGUAGUAAAGACAUGAUUUCCCUAAGAGAGAAUAGCAGCACAUAUAGCAAGGGCAUGAUCUCCCCAAGAGAGAAUGGGAGCACCAGCAGUAAAGACAUGAUUUCCCUAAGAGAGAAUAGCAGCACAUAUAGCAAGGGCAUGAUCUCCCCAAGAGAGAAUGGGAGCACCAGCAGUAAAGACAUGAUUUCCCUAAGAGAGAAUAGCAGCACAUAUAGCAAGGGCAUGAUCUCCCCAAGAGAGAAUGGCAACACAUACAACAAGGGCAUGAUCUACCCAAGAGCAGAUGGCAGUCCAUACAGUAAUGGCAUGAUCUCCCCGAGAGAGAAUGAGAGCACUUACAACAAGGGCAUGAUCUCUACAGAAGAGAAUGGGAGCAUCAGCUGUAAAGACAUGAACUCUCCGAGAGAGAAUGGGAGCACUAGCAGCAAGAGAAUCCUCUCCACGAGAAAAGAAAUCAUCGACAGAAAAGACACGAUCUCCCCAUUAGAGAGAGGGAUGACCAGCACUGCCUUACUGCCAACAGCUGAAAACCCAGCAAGUAACAACACGGUAAGUUUUCCAUUACCACAAUCUGAAUGUGGGGACAUCGUAGACUCAGCAGCGCCCUCGGUGCCAUGCACUCUCAACCCGGCUGAUCCACCAGCAAAUGUUGGAAGCUGUACACACAUCCUGGCUGGGAAUACCAAAGUCCGCGGUGUCAUAGAGAGAGCUUUGUCUCCUAGACAGACACACAGCUGUGCCGGAAGGAUGCUUUUACUGAAAGCCCCCAUUAACCAUGACACUGUAGUAGCUUCAGGCCUCAGAAGCCAGCAGGCCUCAUCUGCCAGUGACACAAGCCAGGGCGUAUUGUCAUCAAUAAGUAGCGAUAACAGCGGUGGCCGAACCAUUCCUCUGUCUGCCGAUCUCCAAGCAUCACCUGGCACAACCCAGCAACUGCACAUUGCUUCUACUUGCCCUUCAUUGGCAGAAAUCCUGGGAAAGGAAGAGCAUUUCACAACAAACGCUGCCCAAAGCUGCAAUCAUAUGGUGCCCUCACCAAGACUUGAGUUUCUUGACACACAGAAUUGCCACCGUAGUCUUCCUUCCAUGAAUGUUGAGAGCACUGCUGGCACUCUACUGGCUCCAGCAAGAAGAGACGAGAGCACUGACAGUAGCGUGUCCUUGUUGCCCAAAUUCCAGGACAAUGUUCAAAGACUACCGGCAUCAACAUCAGCUCGGGAUCAAAGUGAUUUGGGGUCGUGGCUUGUUUCUCAAGAUGCGAACUCGGGCCAGAGGCAGGUCUCUGUCACGCCACGUGGCUCACAGGCUAACGUGUCAAUGUCCUUGUCGGAGCCUGACAUCUUGGAUCCGCUCACCUGCUCAGGUGUGCCAGGUCCCGCCAGCACUAGAAUUAUUUCUGCUGCCCUGCCAGCCGACACAGAAGACCUACAUGGCUCCGCCACUGACCGCACACGUUCACCAGUCACAGCCGGCUCAGCCAGCCAGCAGAGUAGCAGUCACGUAGCGGAGAGCCCGGACAAAGUGUUUAGGGACAAGAUUCUGCAGGCGGAGAUGGACGACUCCACGCCCACGCAGGGGUCCGGCGAUGCUGGCACCUGCAGUUCUCAUACCUCACACAUCAGCUGCGACUGCUACAGUGAUGUUGGUGCCAUGAUGUCUGCAGAUGUCCAGGACAUUGUUGAGAUGGUGCCAGGAGAUUAUCCGGACAGUUUUGAGAUGAUGCCAGGGGAUGCCCCGCACAGUGGUGUGAUGAUGUCUGGUAAUGUUCCAGACAAUGCUGAGACAAUGUCAGCAGAUGUUGCGGACAAUGUUGAGAUGAUGUCUGGUCAUUUUCCAGACAAUGUUGAGGCGUUCUCUUGUUUCACCGUAAGGAUGUCUGGGGUAACUUCCUGUGGGAGCAAAACUUACACUGAAGCCGGGACUUCUGACAAAGCAUACGAUGGUCAGGAGAUGUGUUGUCACAAACAUUGCAGAGAUGAGCUGCCCAGUGCCGGAGAGUGGUGCAGGUACAACAACACGAACGGCGUUGAGGGCCUGCGUGCCGAGAGGAACAAACAUAUUACAUGCUGCAAAGCAACGAGCCAUACUGGACACCAAGUUGUUGAUAACAACCAUAGCAGAUCUGACCUGCACACUGACCUUUCACCCGAGCAGUGUCAAGGCUGCAAUGUAAGCCUCAGAGACUGGCUAGCAUAUCUAAUUAUUCAAAAUCUGGAGACACAGAAUGUGACGAGUGACCAGUCAGAAGUCAGGGACGAUGGUCAGCACACAGGUCAGCAAGGCAGGAUAGGUGGGGAAGAGACCACUGCGUGUCCAGCCAUAGACACAGCUCUGAGCGAUCGCUGUGAGGGAGUGCGUUUCAGCGACCAAGGGAGUCACAGAUCACAGAGAGUAGUCAGAGAUGUCUUCUCUCCAUGGGAGACUGAUGACGACUGUCGGAGCAGUGAUAUUGGCUCACAGAUUGGAGACGACGAGGAUGAAGGUGGCGAUGAAACACAGACACAUAUCCGAGCAUCGCCUAGUGGGCGAGUGUUUAUGAGAAGUCAGUCUGCAGAAGAAGUCGGCAUCAAAGAUGAUGUUGUUAUGACGGCACCUGGUGAAAACUGGGUCAUGCAUUCUCUGGAUGGUCAAGACCAGUUUGAACGUCACCCCAACACUAGCCUCCAGUCUAUCCCAAAAUGUCAGGAACAACGAUACGCUGAGAUAAACCUGCAAGUUGAGGGGCCAGCACCGGCCCAAGAGGCCAACACUGACAACAUUGGCCUAGUAAAUGUCAUAGAGGAGAGCGAUCCUUUUUAUGGGAGACCGUCCGGAGUGGGAGACACCACAGGUACAGACCUGCACCUGGAACCCACCCGGCCAAUGGUAGAAGAUUUGAUUCCUGUCGGGGAGGGCGCCCACGCAGUUGUCUCGGAGAGGUCGCCGGCAACUAACGGAGGCGCUUGGUGUCCUAGCCUGGGUAGAAGUGUCGACGCGUGUGUCCUCCCUGACAACAGAAUUAGGGCAACCUCUGCCGUGGUCACGGGUUCUCCCAGAGAGUUUGAGCGUGGAGUGAAUAAAGAAGAUAUGGCGUCAACAGAAGAGAAUCUCGCAGAACGUAUAAGAGAGAGCAGCGAGGAGCAGGAACUAGUAACAAGAGACAACGCGGCAAGAGCUGAAACAUCAAGCUGGUGGCCAGAUAAGGCAGCUGACUGUGUGCACCAGAUGGCGCAUGACUACUUCUCAUUGACCCAGCUACAGUUGAAUGGUUGCCAGGUUGGAGAAAGUGAUCCAAAUUUACUUGUUCAUGAGACAAACCCAUGCAGUCCCGAGAGAUUAGCCACUCCUGUACAUUUAGUUAGAAGCAGCGCUGCUGAAAACAGCCUCGACACCAUAGACAAGAUGGCGUCUUUGUAUGGCUUCAUUUCUGGAGAGGUCGAGGAAUUUGGCGCCCGAAAGGGAACCGGAAAUUUAAGGAUGACAGGAAAUGAUAUCGCCGAGACAAGGUCAGGGUCGAUUAUAACAGGGAGCAGCUCAGUAGAUUUAAACACAGAACUUGCGAGCAGCGGGGGUUGGCAGCUACCACCCAGUAUGCCCGGUGUUACCUCAAAAUGUGAAACAUUAGAUUUAGAACAAUAUGUAAUCAUGCCAACUGUGGGGCCUAGCCAGGUUUACACUGAGAGACUGACUAGACAUGACCAGUGUCCGACCGCCCAGGUUAUUCUAGAAGCUACAGAUAAAUGGUUGAGUCGAAUCACCGACAUCUGCAAAUCUCCCGACUUCCUGACGUCCACGUCCAACAGCCAACAGCUGCACGCCCUGGCCGCCCAUUGCAAGUCGGAGAUACUCGCCAUAUCCCGCAGUCCACACUUCACAGACAAAGGAGACGUGGCCUCCAGGGCCUCGACCCCAGGCAGCAGACGUUGUCGCGGGCACAUCUCUGGAGCUGGCGGCCACAAAGAAGACUGCCCAGAGAUUUUUGAGAUGAUGGGCUUGCCAGAGGACACUGCGGCCAGCGAACACCUACUGCCCAGUAAGAACGUUUUCACGCCGAGACCUCCGAGCAGUGGGUGCAGGAACCCGUUCACCAGCCUUCGGCUGCGCAGUGCCAAGUUUAAAACCCUGGGAAGUGGCCCAGCAACAGCGUCUGCUGGUGUACAGGCGGAGAGCCUGGGUUCACCACCUUGCCAAGCUCUGAUGCCCAGCACCCCCGCAGCCAUGUGCGUUGAGUCUGGUACAUCAUUACCCCAGGACAGGGCGUGUGUCAGCUCUUCAAACCUAAUCAGUAAUGACAUCUAUGAGAAGACUGGCGAUAUUCACGACUCCAUUGACAAUCUGCCGAGUCCUCGGGUCGAUAGAGAAGCGAAGGAUGUGGUAGGUGGUGUUACAUUAAAUAACGACACGGGCACUAAGCAGGUGGAAGAUGAAGACACCAGAGGUAACAGCUAUCAUAAAUCCGAGUUGCCGGAGAGCGGGCCAGGAAACAGCAGCAGCGGCAAACUGUUUAAGCGAAGGUUUGCCGGCUGUCAACGGAGACAGAAAUCGGAACAGGAACCUGACGUCACGGGGUCCAGUUGGAGCCGAGACAAGUCUCAGGACGGAGCGGACAGUCGACCGCGGAGUGACUGCCGGACUCCGUACACAAGCGCCGUGCAGACGCCAGCGACCACGUCUUUUGAGUGCAUCAGUGAUGAGACGGACAGCGGCGACAGGACCACGACCCCAGCAAUGUCCACACCUCAAGUCUACUCUAGGGCUCACACCCACACAGGCAGACACGGUAAUCCUAGAUCCAGACCUACCCUACAGCCGAAGCACUCUGGUCCCCACCACACGGCAAUCGCUAGAAAACAGGACAUCCCUAGGAGCAAACAACCUCAAAUAACAGCUACAGCAACUAAAUCAGCAGCUACUACAACUAAAUCAGCAGCUAUAGCAACUAAAUCGGCAGCUACAACAACUAAAACAACACACGGAAAAUGUAUGAAAAUGACAACGCCAACCGUCCUAACCUCGACACGUGACAUGUGCCCUAAUGGGAAGCCACCACCCGCCAUAACCUCGACACGUGGACAGUGUCCGACAUUAGCACCACCAACCACCACACCAGCGGAAAAGGAAACAGUUGGUCAAGAUUUACCUGCAAAACACAUCAACAGGGUGAAGAUUGAACCGCUCAAGGUGAAGGCCGCCGGAAAAAGCAAGCCCUGUAAGGGCAUCACCAUGCAAGAGUUUGAACGCAUCCAGCAGAACCGGCACCUGUCAGAGGCCUUCGCCCGUAUCAACAGUAGCAAGGCUUGCGUCGAUUGUCACAUGGACAGCAGAUAUCUGGACAAGCAUGGCCCAUCCUUAAGGCGGCGGCGCGAGAGAGUCAACUACAACUGUCUGAUCGCCCUGGAGAACAUCAAGUUCCUGGAGAUGUUGCGCUACAAGAAGUCUGUCUACAGACGGGACGGUCAGCUGCAGGAUUUCAAGAAGAACUACCGGAAGAUGCUGGAGAUGGGCAAGCACGCUGACCAGUGGCCGGACAUGGGCUUGCUGGACUAUAGCCUCUACGACAAGGCUGGCUCGGACAUUGCGAGGUUUUGA